UCAUGCCUUGUUGGGUGGAAUAUAGUUAUGGUUUAGGUUUCAAUUGUAUAGCUGGAAUCUGGAUUUUGCAAGUCUUUCUGUCUAGCUACUCAUGGAUACACACAGCACUGUGCAGAUUGUCUUGUUUCUUGCCUUUACUCGUUUCUUGGUCACGGGAGCUUGCUUUGAUUCUACAUGUGACCGUACUGGGCCUUUGAUUCGGUUUCCUUUCUGGCUGCAGAAUCUCCAGCCCGAGCAGUGUGGCUAUCCGGGAUUUCGUUUAUCCUGUGAUAGCUCAAACAUGACAGUUCUUGAGCUGCCUAAUUCAGCUCCCUUGACUGUCCAGGCUAUAGACUAUGCCACACAGGAGCUAUGGCUUAAUGAUCCUAGUGACUGCCUCCCUUCCCGUCUUUUGACCUUGAAUCUCUCUGGUUCUCCCUUUGCUGGUGUUUACUAUCAAGAUUUUACGCUGUUUAAUUGCUCGUUUGAUUACAGAGUGUAUAGGUUAAAUCCCAUUGCUUGUCUCAGCGGUCAAAAUUAUACUGUGUUUGCUACAUCUUCUGCCAAGGCCUUGAGGUUCUUGGCAUCGUCUUCGUGUAGCUUGAUUGCAACUAUUGCUGUCCCAGUUCAGUGGUCAUAUUUUGAGCAGGUUUUAUCCUCAGAUCUCAGUGAUAAUAUCCGGCUCACAUGGGGUGCUCCAAGCUGUGGCAAGUGUGAAUCGCAGGGUGGACGAUGUAGGCUGAAGAGCAACUCCAGUAACAAGAUCGAUUGCCAAAUUUCUCCCAGCCACAGACUUCCUAAAGGUGCGCGUUAUGCCAUAAUUAUCGGAGCUGGUAUACCAGCGUUUUUGUUCUUUAACGCGCUGGUAUGUUUUCUUCUCCGUAGAAUCAGAGUUUGCUGGAGGAGAGGCCGCCCAGAGGUUGAAUUUACCCUCUCUGUCGUGGCUCCACCACGCCCUGUCAUGACAACAGGCCUCGAUGAACCUACAAUAGCGUCCUACCCGAGAACUGUUCUAGGCGAGAGCAGGCGCCUACCCAAUCCCGAACAUAAUGUCUGCCCAAUAUGCCUGUCUGAGUAUCAGCCCAAGGACACCCUGAGAACCAUCCCCGAUUGCCAGCAUUGCUUCCAUGCUGAUUGCAUUGAUGAGUGGCUUAGGCUCAAUGCUGCUUGCCCUGUCUGCCGCAAUUUUCCCAAGUCUUCUGCCCCUGUUCAUGCUCUGUAAGCUGCACUUUUGCUGCUUCAUCUUUUCUGCUGGAUUUUAGUCCUUUUUUGAGUGAUUAUGGGGGUUUUCUAGUGUAUGUAUGUCAUGAAUCCAUAGAACUCCAACAUAUGAGCUGGGUUAGCUUGUGACGCACUAUAAUAAUAAUAAUAAUCUGCCACACUAUAUUGUUGAUUUGUUGGUU